UGCGCAAUACGUUCGAGGAAUUCGGCGGUGAAAAGGAAGGACUACAGUUUAGUAGUGAUAGAGCGGCAGACCACUACUAGCAAGCGGAACAGCGGUAUUUGCCAAAGUACCGUCCAUUAGUUACUUUGUAUUGGAGCACAAAUUGGAACAUGGCUGAUAAAGAGGUCUAUGAUGACGCAGUGGAAGAAAGAGUAAUUAAUGAAGAAUACAAGAUAUGGAAGAAAAACACACCUUUUUUGUAUGACCUGGUGAUGACCCAUGCUCUGGAGUGGCCCAGCCUCACUGUCCAGUGGCUUCCAGAUGUUGGCAGGCCAGAGGGAAAGGACUAUGCUGUGCACAGACUGGUUUUGGGAACCCAUACAUCAGAUGAACAAAACCACCUUGUCAUUGCCAGUGUCCAGGUACCAAAUGAUGAUGCCCAGUUUGAUGCCUCACAUUACGACAGUGAGAAAGGAGCAGAGUUUGGUGGAUUUGGUUCAGUAAGUGGGAAAAUAGAGAUCGAGAUCAAGAUCAACCAUGAGGGAGAAGUCAACAGAGCCCGUUAUAUGCCCCAGAAUCCAUGCAUCAUUGCUACCAAGACACCUACAUCUGAUGUGUUGGUCUUUGAUUACACUAAACACCCCUCCAAGCCAGAUCCUAGUGGGGAGUGUAGUCCUGACUUAAGGUUGAAAGGUCACCAAAAAGAAGGGUAUGGCCUUUCCUGGAAUCCCAACCUUAGUGGCAAUCUUCUCAGUGCAUCUGAUGAUCAUACAAUCUGUCUAUGGGACAUUGGGGCUGGCCCAAAGGAAGGAAAGGUUGUGGAUGCUAAGACCAUUUUCACUGGGCACACAGCUGUAGUGGAAGACGUUUCAUGGCAUUUACUUCAUGAGUCCUUGUUUGGCUCAGUGGCUGACGACCAGAAACUUAUGAUCUGGGACACUCGAUCCAACAACACAUCUAAAGCCAGCCAUUCAGUAGAUGCUCACACUGCUGAGGUCAACUGCCUGAGCUUUAAUCCAUACAGCGAGUUCAUUCUUGCCACUGGUUCUGCUGAUAAGACUGUGGCAUUGUGGGAUCUGAGGAACCUUAAACUGAAGCUCCACUCCUUUGAGUCCCACAAGGAUGAGAUUUUCCAGGUACAAUGGUCUCCUCAUAAUGAGACUAUCCUUGCCUCCAGCGGCACUGACCGACGUCUCAAUGUCUGGGACCUAAGUAAAAUUGGGGAGGAGCAGUCGUCAGAAGAUGCUGAGGAUGGUCCACCAGAGCUGCUGUUUAUCCACGGUGGGCACACGGCCAAGAUCUCCGACUUCUCUUGGAACCCCAACGAGCCCUGGGUCAUCUGCUCAGUAUCCGAGGACAACAUCAUGCAAGUCUGGCAAAUGGCAGAGAACAUCUACAAUGAUGAGGAGCCAGACAAUACCCCUGCAUCAGAGCUGGAGGCUCAGGGAUCAUAAUCCAGCUCUGCAAAAGUUUCUCUCUCUAGGCAUGAACCUUUCUUCAUUCCUUGAGCUCCACACUCAGCCCAUUAUUUUUUUCUUUAGGUCAUCCCAAGCACAACAUGAAACAUUUGCUCUUAAGAACAUAGAGCAUUGGAGAUUUAAUGGAGUUUACCAUUGACCAACAAACAGAUGGAUUAAGGCUCAUCUUGCUCACACACCAACAUGCCCCUGGUUCCUAUUACCAGAUAAGCACUUGGCAUAAGACCUGAUUCUGCUCAGGUGAUAGUUAAUACCUUCCAUUAGUGGGGAAUUUAGAUUUUGUGGUAAAAGGGCAAGGUUUUAAACUGACAAUAUUGGUUUCAUACAGUAAAAGUCAGGAAGUAAAGUUUAAAGGGCUCAUGAAAGAAAAAUUUAAAUGUGAUUUUACAUUUCAAAAUGUGAUUAGCACAGUCAUCACUGAAAUAGGCCUUUUGAAGAUUGAAGAAGAGUGAUCUGAUCUCCAUCCCUGUGAAGUGUGGGAUUGCUAAAGCUGGUUGGUCAUGUCCAGGAAAGGCUUCAGUUAUACCAUAGUUUUCCACCUGUCCAGCAAUUUUUGCAGUGUUUGAUGCAUUGUCAUAUUUAGCAAAGCCAUCACAGGUGUAUUCUAAACAACUAUUCCCCACUGCGUUGGCCUUCUGUACAAGAGGUAUAAAAAAAUCCUCCAUGUUUUUGUUUGAGGAAAGUUGCAAGACAAAAUUAGUGCACACCCCUGGUUAUAUUGUUAGAUAAUGUAUAAUUAUCAUGUCUUGUUUCUGCACCACAAAUUGCUAAGUUUUUUCAGAUUAAAACAUUUCCUAUUUGUUUAAAUCUUUACAAAUUCUGAAUGUGCAAACGUUCACACUCAGGAAAUUACAAGAUACAAGAACCAAUAAUGACUUUGAAGAUACAAAUUUGUAGCAGUUGCAAAAUAUACGACGUUUAUUGUAAAUGCAGCACGAGACUAUAAGAACAUUGAACAAUUGAAAAAGGGGAAGGGAUAAGCUCAUGUUUUCUAGUAAAAAAAUAAAGCUCUCUGAAGUUA